UAUGACAUGGGAAGUUUUGAACCCGACGUUUUAUUCCUUGUUCGCCAGCGCAGUUGUAAUAAUGCAGCUCCGUUUGCGUCAUGCAUUAGUAAAGCUGCUGCCCACCUGCAGCGUCUUCGAGACAGACUGUUACAAUACGCUGAUGGACUCUAUGUGAAAUCGCCAGUGAUUAUAGAGACAAGUGAUGAAGGGAAAAAAGUAUCCGCAGGUGGUUUUUUGUCUCUGGAGAGUUUCAGUAUGGCCAGUUGUAGCUCUACUAGAAUGUAUCAUUCGAGACUAGAGGUGUGUGGAAUAUCAACUGGGACAGGUCAAACACAUAACGCGAUGGUUGACAAAGGGUCGGUCUUGGACACGACGAUCCUGCCAGAAUUAGAUUUUGAUGAGAUAAAAGAUUUGUUGGUACGAUUAGACGAUGAUAGGCGUGUUACAGAAGAAAAAUUGGUAGAAGAGCGACAUCGAUGUAAAGAACUGAAGGAUAAGGUUGGUAAACUACAACAGAAACGGUUGCAAGAUCUACCAGAAUCUGUACAGCAAGAACACGAGGCAUGUGCUAUGGAUAUCGCUGAGUUGCAAUGGCACCUAUCCUAUCAGGGUAGAGUACAAAGCAGGAGGCAAUCAGCUGCUAAAGUUGCUGCCAACCAAAAUCAGAAGAUGAAAGAAGAUGUUUAUUUUUUACGAGAACAAUGUCCACAACUGGAGAGGAAAGUAAUCAGAGAGGAAGAAGCAGUGGGAAACAUUAAACAUGAACUGAAUGAGACUUUAGAUUGUUUGAAUCAAGCACAGAAGCUAUUGUUAGAGACAGAAGACAAAAAGGCGGAGGCUUAUGGUCGAGCUAAUCAGGAAAGAAUGCACAUUGAACGUAAUCUCAAUAGAGUACGAAGCAACUUGAAAGACAUUACUGAAGAGUUGCAAGACGUUUUGAGCAAGAAAAGUAGUAAUGCUCAUGAGAUCAAUGAUGCUCACAUGAAGUUGAUUCAGGACAAAGGAACAUGCAAAACGUUUGAUGAAUGGUGUGAAAACUGCUUGCAAGCUACCAGUGCAGCAAAGGAGAGAAUUAAUGAUCUUAAGGUUGUGUUAUCGCAGCUGGCAGAUGAACAAGCUCAACUUGUGGCAAAGAACGAUGGUCUUGUGAGCAAGAUGGAGACUGAGCGUGAAACGUUGAAUGGUGAACAGGCAGAGUACGAAGGCCGAGUUCAAGAGGUCAAAACCAAAUUGAAGAAAACCAAAGCUAAAAAUGAGCAACUGAAUGAUGAAAUUCACAUGAUGAAGCAAGACAUUGUGACCUGUCAUGGAAAUGCCAUUCGUGACAGAAAAACAAGCAAGCGUUGUGAGCGAGACUUACAAACAUUGGAAGAGCAGCUAAAAGUGUCAGUUGAGGAGUAUCAAGUUGCUGAAACAAAUCACAGUCAGAAGCUAGCAGACAUGUGUCAGCUUGAAUUUACUGUACAAGAAACUGAAAAUGCACUGCAAGUCACAUUGGACACAUUGCGGCAUCAAUUUAAAGAGGAAUCUCACGCUAAGACAUUACUACGAGUUCGAAUCAAAGCUGAUAGUAGUGAAGCAACUGAAUUCAAAGUCAGCUCUACAAAGAGGCUUGAAAUUACUUCUGAAAAGGCCAGAACUUUUGAAAAGCAAAAUACAACCCUCAGCACUGAAAUUGGAAAACUGAUGGCUGUAGCUAUGGAUAAGCAACAGACAGUAGACAAAUUGACGACUGAACUGAGUGAUAUACAGCAGAAACAUAACGAAACUACUCAGCAGCUUGGGAAGAGGAAAGAUGAACUUGUACCUGUGGAAAUGGAACUGAAGGAGGAAGUAAACAGAUAUCGUAAGGAAUCAGAUGAGGUUGAUUGGAAGACAGAUAUGAUUCAAAGAAAGUUGGAGGAUUUAGCUGCGUCAACUAAAGUAGUGGAACGGUUGGAGACAGAGGUGAGUGGUGUACUGGAAACAUUACAGUAUGAAUUGGAUGAUAAAAAUGCUAUUAUUCAAGCAGCAAGACAAGAAGAAAUUGAUCUACAAGAAGAACUCAAAGAGAUCCAAGACUAUUAUCAUGAUGUCAUCAAAAGACAUCAGAAGUACGUGACCGAAAGGAAGAAUCUUACUUUGUGUCUCAAGGGUAGGAUGGAGAAGACAAUACAUGAGAAUGAGCUGUUGGCUGCCGAGUAUAAGAGACAACAAAUUUAUCAUAUGAAAACAAAAGCAAAGGUAAUGGAUUCUUUGGAAAGAAAGCUUGCACUGGAACGCAGUUUACAAGAUCACAAAAGUUUGUUAAGCCUUCAAGAGCGAAUGCAGUCAAUUUUAGACGAGUAUCAUCAGAUUCGUUCUAUUUGCAACGAAAACUGUUACUUUGAAUGCGGUGCAAAAUCAAGUCAGAAUGUCAGAAGACUUGAAUCAGUGGAGAAGAGGUUUGCUCAAGCGUUAGAAAGCAUCAGACGCUUCUUACGACGAGAGAGAAUGUUUGCAUUGUCAUCAGGCCAACAAAUUUGUCAGUUUGCACCGCCAUUGUCUUCGUCGUCAUUACUAGUGCAGGAUGACUUUGAGUCAGAGACACAUAGAAGCAGCAGAAGUCAUCGUGAAGAGGCAACUAAAAGUGCUACAAUGGGCAAUAGUGCUACUACAUCUUCAGCUAUUACGUAUACCCUGGUGCCAAAUUAUGUAGGAUGACUUUGAGUCAGUGACACAUAAAAGCAGCAGAAGUCAUCGUGAAGAGGCAACUAAAAGUGCUACUACAUUCCAUCCUUAGCUGGUGCCAUAUUACGUUUGAUGCUGUAGGUGCACCUAGUAUGUAUAUAAUGCACAACAAUUUGCCACUUUCGAUUUGUAAAGGCAAUAUGAUGUAUUUACCACUGUA